AUGGACAAAUGGAGAACCGAGUGGGACAGGGAGCUUCGCCUGCUCCCCCAAGUCGAAUCUAUUGCCGACCACGACUUGCAGAUAACCGAAGAUAUAUUUUUCAUAUGGCAGUUCUUAAAGAUGUACCACACCUCCAUGCCGCACGUUCGGAACCUCAUCGAUUUCAUAACAAUUAAAAAGCCCGAGUCCCUCAUAUGGGGAGAACACAUUGACGACUACAUGUUUAGGGGAAUGGACAAGGGGCAGAAAUUAUUUAAUUUGUUAGUUUCAGAUGGAAAAAAAAUACAGCCCAGAUAUUCCAAGAAGAAAUUAUGCGAUACGUUGCUGUACUUUCGCCUUAAGAAUUACAUCAUCUUAGAGAAAAUAAAUACUGGGUCCGUUGGGCAGGUUCACUUGGCUUUGGACAAAAGCACAGACACGCUCGUCGCGGCGAAGGCCAUAGACAAAUCCACCGUGCAAGGCGAUGAAGAGCUCUUUCAAAAGCUGAAGGAGGAGAUCAGCAUUUCCUGCAGAAUGAAUCACCCGUGUGUUGUAAAAACAACCAACGUCCUUGAGACCAGGGACAAAAUUAUUCAAAUUAUGGAGUACUGUGAUGGGGGGGACCUCAUAUCCUACGUCAGAAAUAAGCUCCACCUAGAGGAACUCAGCGCCCAGUACUUCUUUCGAAAAAUCGUCCAAGGGCUCCAGUACAUGCAUCGAAACAACGUGUCUCACAGGGACCUAAAGCCAGAAAAUAUUUUCUUAUGCAAAAGACAAUUAAGUCAAAGAGAAAAAACGUUAAUACGAAUAGGGAAGUUACCAUCAUGCUCUGAAUACGAAUUGAAGAUAGGGGACUUCGGAGCCUGCUGUGUUAAUGAAAAAAAUAAAUUACAUCACGACAUCGUGGGAACCUUAAGUUAUGCUGCACCGGAGGUCUUAGGGUGUAACACCACCUGUGGCUAUAGCAGUCAAAAAGCAGAUGUAUGGAGUCUCGGGAUUAUCCUCUAUGCCAUGUUAUUCGGCUUACUCCCCUUUGAUAACGAAGGAAAAAAUCUGAAAGAAGCUUACAACUCAAUUAUAAAAAAUAAAAUCGUCUUUCCCAAACAUAGGGUCAAUAAAAUUUCUAUGAAUGCUCGAAAUUUGCUCUCUGGCAUGCUCACCAUCAAUCCAGCUAAUCGGUUGUCCCUUGAUGAAGUGGUGAAUCAUGAAUGGCUAGCUGAUACGGGGAAAACCAAAUUGGAAGUAUCCCACGUGCAUAAGAAAAUGAAUUUCCCCAUUUCAUCUACCGUUGCUUGUCCAGUUGGCAGUGGUAAGAACGAUAUGGACUUUGAGACGUUCAAAAAAUUGUUUCUAAUCAAGAGAGAAAAUGGUCCUGCGGCCACAAACCUUUGCGUCCAGGGGGGGGUGGCAAGCGCGGUUCCGAGGGGUGUGCAAAAUAUGGUACCCAGCGGUGCGCAAAACGGCCUGCUAAUAAACAUGGUGCCGAGCGGUGUGCAAAACGUCGUGUCUGGUAUGGUGCCUCACGGAAUUCCAUGCGCCGCUCCUUUCGGAGCUCCCUACUCUACGCCAUACGUAAGUGCAAGCCCCAAGGAGAACGACCAGGCGGGAACCUCCCCACGCAGUGGUAACGAGAAGGGCCAAGCGUGUCAUCUUCGAGGAAGCAACUCGCUCUUCCCCAGGAGCGACCCCCACCACCUGAGGCAAAACCAAAAUAAAAACCAAAACUUAAAUCAACAUCAAAACUUAAAUCAAAAUCAAAACGCAAAUCAAAACCAAAACACAAACAAAAACCAUAGCCAGCUUUACCUGUACGACGACAAGGGGGUUUUGAACACCCAUGUGAAUCAGCCGAAUGGGGGACAGCACAACUUGGAGAACCCCGUCUACGCAGACGCCCUCCUUGCGCAGAAAAAGAACCAAGCGGGGACAUUAGAUAAGUAUGCGUUAAACGAAAAGAAUGAAGAGGGAGGAAACGCCCUCAUGGAAACAAACAAAAAACACACACAUGAUGAUGGUAACGAUAAAAUCAAAGUGUGCACACAAAAAGGAAUCACAAAUCAUCGCAAGCAUGAUCAAAAUAACUACUACGUGGAGAAAAAAUAUUUCAAAAAUCACAUUCUGGACAAUACGUACGUGGAUGGGAAGAAUGACAAUCAGAGUAGUAGCAGCAACUACUAUGAUGGUAAGCAACUGCAGGUAGAGCAUAUAGAAGAAAAUAAACUUAAGUUGAUGGACCAAGUGAAUAAGAACCCCCAUCUGUGUGGAAAGACAAACAACACUUACGAUUUUUAUUUCAAUAAAAACAACAUGUACAGAAAUCAAAGCAACAAUAUAUUUCUUCUACCAUGUAGGGAUAACCUCAUAGGGAAAAAUAAUUUAUAUAGUAAUUUGUACCUGUUUAAAGGAGCGAACGAUUUUAACGUAACCACUAGUGGGAGGUCUACUCUGUUAAGGCAUUAUGACCAGUGUAAGCUGACCACAAGUAGGGAAUACGAUACCAGCUGGAAGUUCAAAUAUGCUUCCAACGCGAGUGAUGGACGAGAGUCCACUAACACCAUCACCUCGAAUUGCACAAACGGAACUCCUAAUCCUAACAACACACCAGCCAUCGCGAAAGUAAACGUCUCACCGAAUGACGCAUUAUUUUAUGAAAACCCUAAUUACAACCAUCAUGUACAGUACAAAUAUUAUUACUAUGAUGAUAAGGGGACGUAUGUAGGGUGUUUAAGCAACCAAACCAGUGGACGUACUUGCGCCUCUUCCUGUGUGUUGCUUGAAAAUCAAGUCAACUGUGCAGCCAAGUAUGCCGCGAAUAAUGCCGCGAAUAAUGCUGCCAAUUAUGCCGCCAAUCAUGCCGCCAAUCAUGCUGACUACACAAAGGAAUGGACAUGUAGAAGGGGAGUCUCCGAAUAUGUCGAAACGGGCACGUCCAGUAACAAUAGCAAUAGUAAUAAUAAUAAUGCAUGCUCAUCUGACCGUAAGAGGGAAGACCCUUUUGUUAAACACCGAGAGGGGGAAGGUCACACAAAGUUGGCUAGUUACGAAUGGGCUAAAGACGCUGAAGGUGCUCUUUUCGUCGCUUCUGAACAUAGGGAAAAUGUGAUGGGCAAACAAAUGGGGGGGGCAAGCAAAGGGAGGAAUGAUCUGGUCAGUGGACAUGGGCAUUCACGUGGGGUGCAGCAAGUGGGAAGAGCCACACAGAUGGGUGGUCAAAUGGGUGAGAUCGCUAGUCGGGGAAUCACCGACGGUAAUCCCACAAGGGACACCCUCCUCACCGACGGAAGCAUCACAUCUAAGGUAAACACACCCACGAAGAAGGACGCAGAACUGCAAUUACAUCCCACGGACUCCAAAAAGAAAGACACCUGUAUUAUUCUCAAAAAGGAAGGAAUAGCCCCCAGUGGAAAUAAACACUCGUCUCUUAUCAAAUCCCAACACGCAACCAAAAUUGUCACUAUUGGUGAAUCUACCUGCGAUCAAAUGGAUCCGGCACGCAUACAAAUAAACGAACUGAAGGUCAACCCGAAGGAGAGUCACCCAAAGGAAAACAAAUCUACCCUCAACAUGUUCACCCAAAAGGGGAUAAUUAACGAAUGCACAAAAAUGGAUAGAACACAACAGAAAAAUAUUUCAUCAAGGGAUUACACUAAUGAGCAGUCCGAAAAAUGGAACAUGCACAGUGGAGAGAAAAAUAACAGGGAGAUAUUCCUUCCCAGUGGAGGUGCCCCAGUGCAAACUUACAAUUCGAAUUCGCAAAAGACCAAAUUGGAUAAUAACGGCGAUGAAGAAGUACAUGAUGAUGCCAUCCAACGAGCUGAACAGAAAACAGAAAAGGACAAUCACAGAGAAACACACAAAGGGGAUAAUAAUUCCCCCGGGAAAAUAGUUUCACUUUUGCCAGUCAAGGAUGAAAAUAAAAAUGUAACUAGCCAAGAAGGGAGUAACACACCAAGGGAAAAACACACCGAAGGAGAAUGUAAGAACACCCUCGAACAAAGCUAUAGCGAUGGAAGUGAAACAAAGAGGAAAAAAAAAAAAAAUUAUCAGCAUCAAUAAUCCAAGUAAAGAAAUCCAACGACGUCAAUCCAAAAGUGACCCAAGUGGUGAUGACAAACAGAUAAACCAGGUGGAAAAAAAAAAAUAUAUAACUAACAGUAGUAGCAACAACAACCGUAGCUGUAAUGCUGGACAGAGUGAACAGAAACAUGCAUAUGGAGAGAACUGCACCAACAGUGGCACAAGGAGCAACCACAACGACACUGACACUGCAGUGGUGGGUGCGCAAAAAAGUUCGAGUAAAAAUGAGGGAAAAAAAAAAAAAGUGGACAAGCGAAGAGGAAGGGUAAAUGAAAAUGCUAUAGAAAAACCUGACAUGCCUAACCUAUCCAAAGGUAACUAUCAUGGAAAAGAAAAAACAGAUGCGGUAGAAUCCCGACGCUACACCAACACAGAGAAAACAACGUAUGACCAUCUGGAGGAGGAAAAAAAGUUAUGCAAAAACGAGGAAGGAACGAAAAGAAGGGACAGCAAAAUAUUUAAUGAAGAACAGAUAGACGGAAAAAACAAAUUUUUGCUGCUAAAAAAUGUAUACUAUUCGAACGAUAGGGACUUCCAUGUACUGCCCAACAGUGAGAACCAACAUGACAGGAAACACUACAUCAAUUUUGAGAACAGAUUUCCCCACAGUAAAAGGAAGACGAAUAGAACCAACAUCCCCCCUUUAAGCUACUAUAAAAAAAGUAACUUAUGUUUUAGUAAAAGGGUGAAAAAAGACAGAAAGCAACGAGUCGAGGAAAAGGAAAAAAACGUCGUAAAGAAUCAAGUGGACGUAUGUCACAGAGCACAUAACCCCAAAAGGAAAAAUGAUGUAAUAAAUAUCAGCCACUUCACUGAAUGGUACUACACAAAUGGAUGCAGCCAACAUGAAUUAACAACGAAGGAGAAAUAUCCAUCCAAGGAAAGGGUUCCAAUUUAUGAUAAAGUGGCAUCAUAUGAUGAAGAACGGCUAAGUGACAAGGAAUAUGAUUAUUUUUCUUCCAACAAAAUUGAGUACAUCAAAUGUGCCACUCGGAGAAGAAUCAACCAGGAGAGACAUCACACAUACAGUGCCCAUUAUUACUACCGUACGAUGAGCGAAACGAAGGGGGGGGUAUCAAACCAGGUUACUGAUGCAUAUGUGGUUAGAGCAGACAAAUCUAGUACUAAGUGCAGUGAAAAAACACACACAAUUUGGUGCACCAAAAAGGAAAGUCAAAAUUAUGUUAGCAAAAUUGAAAAGGGAAUAAACUACCCUACUGUUGGAUUCAAUACCAAUGUAAAGAAAUGCUCUCUUUCACAUGACCCAAUUUUAUUUAACGAAAAUGGAAAUAGAAAUGGAAAUGUCAUACUUCGAAAGAAUAACUUGGAUAACCAAAUGGGACCUGCUGAUCUGUCUUCAAAUUGUCCUUCCCAAGUGAUACCUACCCUUAGCCUUGCCAGUUCCUAUAACGAAAAAGGGGUAAACGACAUGAGUGAGAUGGGAUCCACAAGUAAGGACACAGAUAAACCUAAUGAAUGGAGGGAGAAGCCUAUGCAGCCAGGCCAUAAUUUGAACAAGAUCGUUGACAGGGACUGCGAAAAGAGCGGCACAUACAAUAGGGGAGACAUCGCAAGUGGUAGAUGCAUCCCCAAUUUGAAAAGCCACAUAUUUCACCACUCCCCGAUUGGCCAGUCGGUCGAAGUGCAUGAGACUCAAGAUAAAGAAGAGACAAGCACGGAGAGCUCCCCUUUCAGUGCAGAGAACAGUGGGGAGGGAUAUUCCCCCGAGGAAGUAGGAUCCGCCAACGUCAGUACUUGCAACGUCAGUACUUGCAAUGUCAGUACCCGCAACGACAGUACCAGCAACGACAGUACCAGAAACGACAGUACCAGGAACGCCAAUAGUGGAUGCAGAAGGAACGAUCAGGGAAUAACCACCCAGCUCGAAGAGUUAAGCGGUGUCCUCACAUCCGACGCCACAAACAACUCAUACAUUGGGAACGAUGCAAUUAAAAGGAAAGAGAAAGACUACACCUCCUUGUAUGACGACGUGAAGAAAUCGUAUUCGAUCAUCCAAAAUGUAAGCUAUAAAGAUGAGCUAACGAAAGCAAAAAUGAAUAGUAAAAACGGGGAAAGGAUCAUAACACGAUGGAAUGCGAAGGAGCAGAUCCAAGAGAAUGAAGAAAGCGAACUGGGUGGGCAGCUUCCCGUAAAGAGGGCCUCUCCAACGGAACACUCUACCCCCAAGCAGCGCAGAGAUAAAAACGAGCCGACUAAAAGCACAACUAUGAAAAUAUCACAAAAUAAUAACCGCCCAACGAGCAGGAAGAAGGGACAUUCAGGGGAAGACGAACAAGACAAAAGUGCAAAAGAGUUAAAUAGAGACCUGUCUGAAAAAAGCCUGGAGAGAGAUAAAUCCCAAACACUUGGCAGUAGCGCCAAUCGAAAGGACACCCAUUUGUUAGUAAAGGAUGAGGGAAAGAACCCGCACUUGGACACACAACACAUCUACAUGAUGAAUGCAAAUUUGAAAAAGCAAAAAUCACAAGGUGAAAAAGAAAAACAUGAAAGAAACAAAAAAGGGAGUGUGUAUAAUGGACCCAUCGAGAGAGAAGAAGACCCCCCACAUGAACUCACAUCCAGCAAAACAAAUGAAGAGCUAACUAAAAAUAAAAAAGAGACGACCCUUAAGGAAAGCACAACUGACAGAAGGAAACAGUUAGCAAGUUGGAACAUCUGGGACGCACAGAAAAAUGACAUCAUUCAUUCGAAGGAGCAAUAUGAAGAUUAUCUAACGCAUAAUAGAAGCUACGAUUUGAAAAGUGUUAGGAGUAAUUUAUUGAGUAUGUCUUAUGAUGAAAAUGUAAGAAAGGAUUACAUACAUGGUAACUUACUAGUGAACCCUGAGCAUGUAGAAUCCAUCAAUGAUUUAAAAUCGAGUGAAAAUGAUGAAGCGAACAAAAUGCUGUACUACUACAAUUUGGAUACCACUCCAGCCAACUUGGAUACCACUCCAGCCAACUUGGAUACCACUCCAGCCAACUUGGGUACCACUCCAGCCAACUUGGACUUUUUGAAUAAUCUCAUGUUCUACUCAUCGCAUAUUCAUCCAUAUAGGCAUUACAAAAAUAGCUCCCUCUCAAAGAAAAUAUCCCUCACUGAGGGGGUUAACCUAAUCAACUCAAAACAGAGUAGCGGUAAUAACAGGACUGAGCAACGGACUGAGCAACGGACUGACCACCAAAAUAUCCCCCCGCCAGUGGACCACAACUUGAGGAACUACCUCAAUUUAAACAAAACAUCUAUUCAGAACUUGGCAAAAACGAAAAGAAAUUAUAUCCGUGAAAAAAAUUGUGAGAAUAAAUUCGGAACAAAAAUGGACGACCAAAGGGAAGCAAAUUCGUUGUACCCCAAGCUAAAGUGGAUGAACAUUUUUAGCAGAAAUUCAAGCAAGUACUAA